GGCCUUUUUUAUUAUUCAUAUUCUGCCGGGAUCUCUCGCUUGCUCUCUCUUGGUGCGCGUGGAUUUUUUUUUUAGAGGCGGGAUAUCUGAAUUUGUCAGCUUAGGCGAAAGUGAUCGGUUGUCUCCAGCGUGUCCGAGAGAAGCAGCCCGGCACGCAUUUUAUUUAUUUCUCUUUCAAAGGAAGCGGGCUCCCAGCGAGCUUUGAGAAGGGGGAUUUUGAUGAAGAACUAAUUUUGCAUUGUUAGUAGUAAUGGACCUAUAGAUUUCUUGGUGGAAGCGUCUAGCUGCCGCUUCCUCUCCUGUUGAAGCUUUGCAUUGAAAUUGCAUUUGCAAGCUGCUGGUAAUUUGUUCUUGCGGUUCGCGCGUGGAGAAGUUGGGGUGGGGACCCAGUUUCAGGAAAAUUGGGGGGGGGUCUCUCUUAAUCCCCCGCCCGCCUGCCCCGGGGUGGAGAGGAGAGGAGUGUUCAUGUGUUGCGCUGUCUUAAGAGGACUCUUGCAGAAGGGUUGGUUCGAACCCGUUUGGGGAGGAAGGAGAAGGGAGACCUUAAGAGGAAACAUUCCUCUUGGCGGACGCAGGAUCCUUCGCCAGGGCGCCGCCUGGGUUAAUACCCCCGGAUAUACUCCAGUGGGGCAGGCGGGGGGGAGGUACGACGGUACCUCGGGGCGCUUGUACUCCGAAGGGGCGGGGAGCCGGAGAGCCGCAGGCUCGUGGGGGCGGUAGGAGAUGGGAGUGAAUUCCAAGUUGGUUUUUUUUAAGGUGGCGCCGGUUCGAAUCCCGGGGACUCUCGGAUUCAGCUGGAGAUACUCAUUCACAGGGCAAAUUUAUGCGUGUCUCGUCGGGGGGGUGGGGGCGCCUGACGGGGCCUCGCUUGGAGUGGAUGACACAAGAUACCGGAUCCUUUCCUCUGUGUCCGAGGCACUGUCCCCAGCCACCAUGCCUCUGACGGUGCCGGGCUUCAGCCGGGCUUACGAUUACGACUAUGACUCGGUGCAGCCGUACUUCUACUUCGAAGACGAGGAGGAGAACUUCUACCUGACGGGGCACCACCGCGGCUGCGAGCUGCAGCCGCCCGCGCCGUCGGAGGACAUCUGGAAGAAGUUCGAGCUGCUGCCCACGCCGCCUCUCUCGCCCAGCCGCCGCUCGGGCUGCUUCCCGUCCAGCGCCGACCAGCUGGAGAUGGUGACGGAGCUGCUGGGCAGCGACGUGGUCAACCAGAGCUUCAUCUGCGACCCGGACGACGACGCCUUCGUCAAGUCCAUCAUCAUCCAGGACUGCAUGUGGAGCGGAGGCUCCACCGCCGCCAAGCUCCAGCAGGUCGUCUCCGAGAAGCUCGCCUCCUACCAAGCCGCCCGGAGGGACGGCGCGGCCGCGGCGCGCAGCAGCAGCAGCCUCCCGCAGCCUUCUCCGACGGCGCUCGCCGUCUCCUCCUCCUCGGCUUCCUCGUCUGCUGCCUCUUCCGCCGCCGCUUCUCCCAGCAGCGCCUACCUGCAAGACCUGGGCGCCACCGCUGCCGAGUGCAUCGACCCGUCCGUCGUCUUUCCGUACCCGCUGAGCGAGAAGUCCCCUAAAGUCGAGGUCGCCUCCCCGGAGCCUAGCCCGGCUCCCUUGCUGGGGCAGGACACGCCGCCCACCACCAGCAGCGACUCUGAAGAGGAAGAGGAGCAAGAAGAGGAAGAGGAGGAGGAAGAAAUUGAUGUGGUUACAGUAGAGAAAAGGCAGCCCACAUCGAGGAAAUCGGAGUCCGGUACGCACAGGAAGCCCCACCACAGCCCCCUGGUCCUCAAGCGGUGUCAUGUCCCCAUCCACCAGCACAACUACGCUGCCCCUCCGUCCACCCGAGUUGAGUACCCGUCCGCCAAGCGGCUAAAGUUGGACAGUGGCAGAGUCCUCAAACAGAUCAGCAACAACCGCAAGUGCUCGAGCCCGCGCACCUCGGACUCCGAAGAGAAUGACAAGAGGAGGACACACAACGUCUUGGAGCGCCAGCGGCGGAACGAGCUCAAGCUGAGUUUCUUCGCGCUGCGAGACCAGAUCCCCGAAGUGGCCAACAACGAGAAGGCCCCCAAGGUAGUCAUCCUCAAAAAGGCCACGGAGUACGUCUUGUCCAUCCAGUCGGACGAGCACAGACUGUUAGCGGAAAAGGAACAGCUGAGGAGGCGGCAGGAGCAGCUGAAAAGCAAACUCCAGCAGCUCAGGAACUCUUGUGUUUGAAAAACAAAACAAAACAAAAAAAAGCACGAGUGUUGGAAAGGGGAGACGUCUGUAGAUUGGGAUGGACAUCAUUUGAGGGGGGAAGUGUAAGAACUUUUGUGCUUUUUUUUAAAAAGACAAAACAAAGACUAUGUACUGAUGGACUCAACAAUGUGUGGAAAGCGGAAUUACUGCAAUUGCAUGCUCAACAACUACACAACCUUGGCCUGCCCUUGGUGCAGGGCUGGCCGGAACCUCAAUACUGCCUCUGAACUGAUCAAACUUUGGGCGGGAAUCUUCUUCAUGCUUUGGGGGGGAUGAACAUUUCCUCUUAAACUUUUUCUUUUUGUAUUUAAAGCGUCCCGUCCCCCUUUCCUUCCUUCCUUUCUUAAGGUGAUUUACAGGUGAUGCAGAGACGUCACCACAUCUGUAAAUAUAUUUACGCAGCCUAAUGACCUGUACAUAUCUUUAUUAAAAAAAAAUCUUUAUAGAAAAAUUUAAAAAAAACCUGCAAUGCUUAGUCGGUUGUGGCAACUGAAUUUAUAAUUGUCUUGAACCUUUUCGUGCCAUAACAUUUCACAGAAACCUUUGGUCGUUUUUAUUUAAGUAUCUUUUUGUCAAUUUUUUUUAUAGAAAUAAAUGAUUUUAUUUUGUGUUUCUAGAAAAAAUAAAAUAUUUGCCCUAAA